GCGCGGGGGCGGGAGGCGAGCGCGCAGAGCUGGCGGGAGCCCCCGCCGCCCCGGGUCCCCCGGCAAUGUCGGCCGACGAGAUGGUGCAGAUUCGCCUGGAGGACCGCUGCUACCCGGUGAGCAAGCGAAAGCUCAUCGAGCAGAGCGACUACUUCCGCGCCCUCUACCGCUCCGGCAUGCGCGAGGCCCUGGGCCCGGAGGCCGGCGGCCCCGAGGUGCAGCAGCUGCGCGGCCUCAGCGCCCCGGGCCUGCGCCUGGUGCUGGACUUCAUCAACGCGGGCGGCGCCCGCGAGGGCUGGCUGCUGGGCCGGCGCGGGGAGCCGGGCGGCGGGGCCGAGGAGGAGGAGGAGGAGGACAUGGACGAGGCGAGCCUGCUGUCCGAGCUGGUGGAGGCGGCCUCCUUCCUGCAGGUCACGUCCCUGCUGCAGCUGCUGCUGUCCCAGGUGCGGCUCACCAACUGCCUGGAGCUGUACCGCCUGGCGCAGGUGUACGGGCUGCCCGACCUGCAGGAGGCCUGCCUGCGCUUCAUGGCCGUCCACUUCCACGAGGUGCUGUGCAAGCCCCAGUUCCACCUCCUGGGCUCGUCUCCUCCGGCCCCCGGGGAUGUCAGCCUGAAGCAGAGGCUGCGAGAGGCCCGGAUGACCGGGACCCCCGUCCUCGUGGCGCUGGGGGACUUCCUGGGGGGACCCCUGGCCCCUCACCCCUACCAAGGGGAGCCCCCGUCCAUGCUCAGGUACGAGGAGAUGACGGAGCGCUGGUUCCCGCUGGCCAACAACCUUCCUCCCGACCUGGUGAACGUCAGGGGGUACGGGGCUGCCAUCCUGGACAACUACCUCUUCAUCGUGGGCGGGUACAGGAUCACCAGCCAGGAGAUCUCCGCGGCGCAUUCCUACAACCCCAGCACCAACGAGUGGCUCCAGGUGGCCUCCAUGAACCAGAAGAGGUCUAAUUUCAAGCUUGUGGCUGUUAAUUUCAAACUCUACGCCAUUGGUGGUCAGGCCGUUUCUAAUGUUGAGUGUUACAACCCUGAGCAGGAUGCCUGGAAUUUCGUGGCACCCUUACCAAACCCGCUGGCUGAGUUCUCUGCGUGUGAGUGUCAGGGGAAAAUUUAUGUCAUUGGAGGAUACACCACCAGAGACCGGAACCUGAACAUCUUGCAGUACUGCCCCUCCGCCGACCUCUGGACUCUCUUCGAAACGUGCGACGUCCACAUCCGCAAGCAGCAGAUGGUGUCGGUGGAGGAGACCAUCUACAUCGUGGGGGGCUGUCUGCACGAGCUGGGGCCCACGCGGAGGGGCAGCCAGAGCGAGGACAUGCUCACCGUGCAGUCCUACAACACCGCCACCCGCCAGUGGCUCUACCUCAAGGAGAACACGUCCAAGUCGGGCCUCAACCUGACGUGCGCGCUGCACAACGAUGGCAUCUACAUCAUGAGCAGAGACGUCACCCUGUCCACCAGCCUGGAGCACCGAGUUUUCCUCAAGUACAACAUCUUUUCAGAUAGUUGGGAAGCCUUUAGGCGUUUCCCAGCUUUUGGACACAAUUUGCUGGUCUCUUCUCUUUAUCUGCCCAAUAAAACAGAAACCUGACUGAACUGACCUAGAAUUGAGAAAGAAACCUGGUUCAAGACCAAAAAACACAACUGUCCAAUUUCCAGAGAAACUGAUUUUUAAAGGGAAGGUGUGAGUUUUAGGUCAUUUAUACAAAAGCUGUAAAUAAGCUUACUUGAACUAAUUACUUGAAAACUUGUGGGGAAAAAAGAGAGACCAACUUUAUUAUUUUUUUAAUUAUUGAUUUUUAAAUUAUGGGAGCAAAUCCAUGAUAAUGUUUUUUGUACAAAUGUGAUACCCUUGGGCCAAUGUCUGAAACUGAUCUUCAAAAAGAAGAUUCAUUGUGCCUGUUUAGUAAGGGGCCAAAGUCAAAAUUGGUAAGAAUGCUAAAGAUGAUUUUUUAAAUCUGUUUUAUUUAGGUCACUUGAAAUAUCAUUGAUACCUUAAGUGAAAGGUUUUUUGUUGUUGUUGUUAUUAAUUUACUUGACAAACAUGAAUAUUAAUGCUGUCUUUCUCCCCUGGUCACACCCACCUAUGUUGCAGUGUGUUUAAACUAGGGUUCUGUUUUCAUAUAUUUUAUUUGCACAUGACUUUCCAGGAAACUUACACCAGUGGAACCCAACACCCCGUUCUCCCCAAAACCUGUGUAACAACGUUCUCAGCUAUUUUUCAAGUCUUUUUUUUUUUUUUUUUUUUUAACAGUUAUGAAUGCUGAGUAAAUAGGCCGGUAUAACCUCUUGUUUCAUUUAUGUAGCAGAUUGCAGAUUUGUGUGGUCAGAUAGGUUAUAUUGCUAGGCAUUCUGUAUUUCUUAAAAAAGAGGAUAUAUUGUUUAAAAGAAUGGAUCUCUAUAUUUUUUAAAUCAAGUCUUAAAUGGGAAGGGAAGGAAGCACCAAAUAAGAGAAAAAAAAAAAUGCCUUUGAAAGUUACUUUUAUCGAAUGUAUUUGACCUAGUUCUUUAAGUUUGAAAGUAUAACUUUAUACUUAGAUCAGACACCUUUCAGAUUUAAUCUUGGCUUUUUAAUUCAUGCUUUGCUUUUGUGGGGUAAGGUGAGGACAGCUUUGAAACAUUUGUGCUAGAGGGAGGGAAAGAAGCCCCUAGAGAUGGAGUAGCAUCUGCUGGGACUUCUAAAAUUUGGUAAGGUGCUCUGUUUGCCUUGGUUGGUAAAUCAAGUGGAACCCAGCUCAAGCAGUUGUUUGUUUACAGUAAGUAGUUAACAAUGAAUAAAAUCUUCUGCCAGUCAUAGAUCAGCAUUUCUUUAAAAAUAUACAGGCAACUCUUGGAUAUACUGCUCUUCAGUGCCAGACCACUGCAGUAAAGCAAAUUGAAAGGAUUUUCAGGUUUCCCAGUGCAUGUAAUGGUUAUGUUUACACUAUACUAUAUAGUCCAUUAAGUGUGCAAUAGUAUUAUGUCUUAAAAAAAUGUCCACACCUUAAUUUUUAAAAUACUAUUAUUAUUAAAUACUGCUAACCAUUAUACCUGACAAAGUGGGGUUGCCACAAAUCUUCAAUUUGUAAACAGUGUAUUAUCUGCAAAGUAUAGUAAAGUGAAGCACCAUGAAAUGAGUUAUGCCUGUAUAUACACAUGUAAAGCAAUUUUAUUUUCAUUGAAAAACAUUUUCUGAAGUCCUCUGAUUUUAUGCAGCGGAAUAACUUUAAACUGUGAGCGGGAUCCUGUCAUUCUGUCCUAACAUUCCAGUUUCAGUGUGCCUCACUUUAAGAAGGUUCUGUAGAAAAACAAAAACUGUUAGGGCAAAUUCAUGCAUUCAGCAUGCUUACCGAUGCCUCCAUUAUGCAUUCACUGGGCAGGUGGGCACAGAGGAGUCGAUGACCUUAACAGGCUUCAGUUUAUGCAAGAAGUCACUACAGGGUUUCUUCACAACUAUGACCUCCUAGUAUAUUUAAAAUAAGGGUCUGGUUGUAAAAAAUUCUAGUUGCACAACUUUUCAGGAAUACUUCUAUUAGGUAAGAUGAGGUAAGUCUUUAUUGUGGACAUGGAGAUAGAUCUUUGUGUCUUGUUACCAAAUAAUCUUAUCAGUACUCUCCUUAAAACAAUAUGGAAGGGUUUCUAAGCCAUAUCCAUUUGUUCUCAAAUACUUAGCCUUCUUUUUCUUUUUUUAAAAAGAACAAACUCAAAAAAAAAAAAAAAAAAGAACAAACUCUGAACUGAAAUUUUAUUGGUAAUAGUACUUUAAUAAUAGAUUUAUAUUAAUUUAUAUUCAUUAUAGAGUUGAAUUUCCAGUGACCAGUAAUUUCAUUACAUAUAUUUAAAAUCUAAUUUAUUUUAGUGUUAAUUUGUGUUACUAUAGAUCUUAGUAUCUUUAAGGCUUAACCUUAUAUAUUCCUAAGAUUAUAGCCAGUUGAAUUAAUGUUGGACAAACAGUUGGAGAUUAGCUCGUAAAUACCCACAUUAUAAGAAAUACAAAAUUAUUCCUGCCAACCAGUUCUCUUCUUGAUUAUAUUCUUUGGAUCUAUUUUCCUCGUGCCAACAAUUAGAUUCUUUGACCAAGUGAAGGCAUACUGUCAUCCACAAAGCUCUUUUUAUAAACCAAGUUUAAUGUGUGUGUAUGUGUAUCUGUGUGUGUAUGUGUAACAAGUGUACAUGCACACACAUAGGCAUCUGGCAUAUUAAGCUCUAAGAUAUGCAGACUCUAACAAGAUUUCCUUGGGGCUGCCAGCAGUACUUAGGCAAAACAGAAAGUGCGGUAGGAGAUAUCUGUGGAUUUGGGACUUCCUUCCUGCUGUACAUAUUAGCUGUGUUGAUGUUUUGAGGGUAUAAUUUAGCCUCAUGCUCUCACCGGUGCCAAUGUUGUACUGAAGACUCUACCUAUGAUGAAGGCAAUGUUGCUUGAAAGUCUCCCUUUACUUCCUCUCUUUCUCCAACUGCUUUCUCAUUUUCAGAGAUGCUUCUGAGGGGUGCUGCCCUCUCACUAUGGAGAGGGAAGUUACUGGGAAGACCUGAGUGCUGGCCACCUUGCCAGAAGCACCCUAUUUCACUGAGCAUGGUCUGAGUGUGAAUUGUUAGAGGGAGGUUAUUGGUUCUCCCUGUCAUUCCUUCUGGCUUUCUUUUCUGCAUCCUUAGUUUCUGAGGCCCCUCCCUUUAAACAUCUGUCUGAUGAAUGUGUAGGAGUUGAUUAUUUCAACUGUAUUUGUUAAAUCUUAACAGUGAAGUACUGAGAAGGUUAUGGAUACUAGUAAGAAACAAGUAGAUUAAGAUUAAGCAUGAAUACCAAAGAGAAUUUAACUCUGCCAUUUUUUUUUUAAAAAACCAAAAUCCUAAGUAAUUCCAAAUGCCUUAGAUAUCAAUUAAAAUUGUUCUGAGAUGGACAAAACUCUCUACCGGGAGAGUAAUCAAGUAAAUGCCUGUUCUCUUUCAAUAAACCAUUACUUACUGAGCGUUGUGAAUGCCGUGUUUUCAGAUUUCUAGGUCAAGUCAUGACCCUAUGUGUUUGGCUGCACAGGUAAAUCCAGUGCGAAGGCUUUGCUGUCCUGGUCGACCAGCACUUAAUAAGCAGUGGCUUAAUGCAGAGCACUUGAGAGACAACAUAGCAACAGAAAGGGAAUAUGGGUGAGUCCUUCGUUGGGUGCCUUUCUCCUAGACUAGGGCUGGGGAAGGUGAAACACCGUGCCACCAUUCUUUCAAGGUGGUGUUACGAGUAAGCAGCACUUUUUGCCUCUGUGGCAGAAAUUGGUCUUAACAAUCCAUGUCAUUAAUGCUUCCAGGCAUCCAUUACCAGCCCAUCAGAGUGAGAUGAGGUCUCUUUGUCAUCCCUGCCUUGGGCAGAGGAGUGAAUGAGUUACCUGAGUAGACACCACCCAGAAUGACUGUGAAAGCAGUGAGCUGAUUCAGCUGUUUUCUGGUUUCCCAAAAUACGUAUUAAAUCUCUAACAUGUGCAAGAAAGUGCUAAGAAGUGGGGAGACAUAAGUAAGCCACCAUCCCUAGCCUUGAAGACCUUGCAGCCUUGUGAAAAUGUUUGUCGUGACCGUCUCAGACUGUCUGGAAGAUGCCCGCUUUCGUCAGGUGCCCUGGGGCGUAUUGCGUUCCUGCGUUUUCAGUCCUGGCCCCAGUCUGUCCCCUACCUUAUGUUUGACUAACGAUCAUCAUACUAGCUGAUUCAUACCGGCUAUACACUCAAUUUAAACAUCACAUCCUGUGGUUUUUAUUUUUCUUUUUCACUGUAUGCUCUUUUCUCACUACUUUCCGUAGUCUUCUCUGUACUUCAUUUUCCUGAGAAGGAUGAUACGAGAUUGGCUUUAUUUAAAAAUACUUACUAGGCACCAUGGCUUGUGGAGCUGAGAGCUCAGCAGCUUGGUCCCAUGAGAAUGAUGAGCAAAGCCAGGGAGGCAGGUAUUGGGAGAGAAGCCAGCUGUUCACGUGUGUGUUUAUACCAUGCCUUUAACACACUUCCAUAAAAAAUAUUAAUAAAGAGAUGGACAUCUAGAUACUAGUCCUGACUGAGAGUCAGUUGAUUUCUGCCUUUGUGAUAACUAUUAAAGGGUAUAUUUCAUUCACAUAAGGGUAUUUUUUUUUCCAUUUUCUGGUGUUAACUUAGGAACACAAUAUAAAAUACACAGCAAUCGACACAGACUGAUUUGAGCACUUAACAUAACCAUUUUUACCCAUUCAUUCUGUAGGAGACAGAUUAAAUGUAAAAGAUGGUCAAUUUUGAGUUGCAAAAGGUGCUGAAAUGACUUUGAUGGGGUUGGCUGGUGCUUUAUCAAGUGGAUGUCAGAGUUUAUUACUAGUAAAGAAAAGGAAAAUGUAAUUUGCAUUAUUAUGCCGUUUUUCUAAAAACACGUAAUAGGGACUCUUUAGAUGUCUCUACAAUGUUUUCGUAUCUAGUGGUCAUUUUAGAAAAAAAUGAUAAUCUAUAGAAUGAAUAGUUAUGUUUUGUUAUGAUUGAUACUUUCUUGGUUAAAAUGGUUGUAUUGUGUCUUCAAUUUCCAGUGUGGCUUAAAAUGUAAACAUUCACAUGAGUCAUUUAAAUACAAUGAUGCCUAUGAAGCACUCACUAAAACAGCAUUCCUUUUGUGUUUAGAACUACAGAAGAAAACCUCUUCAAAUAAAAUAGUUCUAAAUUGGU